AUGACCCCAGCUUCGACAUUACAAACCCCUCCCAAAACCGCGACUCCCAACGCAAUAUCGGCGCAAACACUUGCAACAGAGAUUCGAGACAUCUAUCGCGUCUUAUCUGAGCUUCCGGACCUCGCUCCAGAAGACAAAGUGAACGCACUGCUCACUCGGCUCGUCAGUUUGUGUAUUGUACCAUACAGCCAUGAGUGCGUUAGCUACUUCUUCGGCAUCCAAGGCAUACGCACAUUAUGUGAACAGCUACGUCCACUCUGUACUACAGCGGAAGGGGAACUUGAACGAUUCUGGGCAAAGAAGAUCAUCGAUGAAUCACCUGACACACUUCCAGCCUCACCAACCCAAGCCCGCACCCUCCUAACCACCUUCCCCUACCACCAAAACUACAUCGACCUCUCCCGCAUCGAAUGCAGCACCCUCUCUGCCUUCCUCUUCACCCCAACGACCCCUCAAAACAUCGCAUUCAUCGGCUCCGGACCGCUCCCCCUCACAUCGCUAUGCAUACUCGACAUCUACCCCUCCACGCAUGUGCACAACAUCGAUCGCGACACCUCAGCUCUUUCGAUCAGCCGGCAAUUGUGCGAGAAGUUGGGAUAUGCGGAGAGAAUGAGCUUUGCGUGUGCGGAUGUUAGUGUUGAGGAGAGCGACGUGGGGGAAGGGGUGAAGUGGGAGGACUUUGAUGUUGUUUUCCUAGCUGCGCUGGUGGGUAUAGAUACGCCGUCCAAGCUAUCGAUCCUUGAGAGUUUGGUAAAGAAGUUGAGACCGGGUGCGUUGGUGGUGGCGAGGAGUGCGAAGGGAUUGCGAGGUGUUUUGUAUCCGAUUCUUGAGCUGGGUGAUGAUAUGGAGAGGGUGGGGUUGGAGAUGCUGAUUGAGGUGCAUCCAUGGACUAAGGUGGUGAACUCGGUUAUUCUGUUGAGGGUUAAGGAGCGAUAG